UGAUCAAAUUGCCCACUUACUGCCCAUGUCGGCAAACACUACGCUAGAUAAAGAUAGUCUAUUCAUGUCACUUUAUUUUCUCUGUUUAUGUCCUGUAAUUUUUGGCUGGUCGUGAUGUGCCACAUUAUCUUUUCGUCUGUUUAGAUAGACUUUUUUUCUCAAGAGAUAAGACAAUCCCACAGACUUUAAUCUUUCCAUCCUAGACAGCACACUGCCAUUGCCUUGCUCUUUAUAAAAGCCUUCGCUGCGUUGGUAUGCAUUUUUGCUGCUGUGGUAUAUACUUCAGCUGUGUUGAUGUGCAUCUUAAGUGCCCAAAUGAAGGGACAAACACCAGGCGCGCAGCAGUCGAAAUCGUGAUCCCACCCUUUGCCCUUUUGGAUCCAAAUAGAGUCAACUUGUACGCGCAACUGUGAACCGGAUGUACGUCAGAGUGCGCAGUCUAAGGUACUAUAAUUUAUAAGUCAACAGGCAAUCCUGGUGUUUCUUCGGUGUAUUUAAACAGGACAUGCACUCUCUCCCCACACCUCAAGGAGUCACAAUGUCUUUAUCUCACACUUCAGCCGUGUUGCUCCUGGUCACGGUCAUGUUCUCUCCCUUUACGCCUGUAGCUGGUGACACGACGCUACCCACUGAACAGGCCGCUACAGCUUGCGGAGAGUCACUGGUCAACCCUAACAACAGGAUUGUUGGUGGCAGUGUUGCUGCCCCUGGUGAACUUCCGUGGCAGGCAGGUUUGGAGUGGCUUGGACUGCUCAUCUGUGGCGCUACAGUGAUCUCUCCGCAAUGGCUCCUGUCGGCCGGACACUGCUUCACAACGCCUGUGGAGUCUGCCUGGGCUUUUACCGUGCUGUUGGACCUCGUCAAUCGGACAGUGGUCAGUCCCUCCCACAGGAGAAAUGUGGAGAAGUAUGUGUUACAUCCGCGCUUUGACAACGUCACCUACGACCAUGACUUAGCCCUGAUAAAGCUGGACAAGCCUUUGGAUCUGGUUGGCAUGGGUAUCCGUCCAGCCUGCUUGCCCAGCUCAGGUCAAGGGUUCACGGGGUCAAACUGCAUCGCUUCGGGUUGGGGGACGGUGCAGGAGGGCAGCGACAUCAAAGAAAAAGUGUUGAGAAAGGUUGAUGUAGUGGUUCAGAAUCGAAGAGCUUGCGCACGGAGUCUGAGCUCCACCUACUUCAAGUCCUUCCACAUCUGUGCCGGGUCGCCUGAAGGAAGUAAAGAUUCCUGCAAAGGAGAUUCCGGGGGUCCUCUAGUGUGCCCGGUCCAGGUUACGUCGGAUAGUCAGGUUCACUGGACACUGGCAGGGGUCAUCUCAACGGGUUUCGGCUGUGGUCGGUUGGGGAAGUUUGGGAUCUACAUGCAGGUGGGAAGGUAUCUGGGGUGGAUACAUCGCGUGACUGGGGUGGAUACUGGGGUGAGUGAGGAGAUCAUCCCGCCUGUUGUUGGCUGAGAUGGGGAAUUUAGAAAGACAUGAUAUGGAGGGAAAAGGAAAGAAAAGAUCAGAUGGAUCUUUAUUGUCCAGAUCCUGGCACUAGAAGGAAAUAGAACGAGGGGGAG